GUUAAUUUUGAGUUCCCUCAUGACUCUUUUAAUGCUGUACUUUGGGAGUGAGUGCUUCCCUGACCCCAAACAAACACUAAGACCUCUUUCUGCUUUCUAGACAUGUGAUGCUUUCUACUCUUUUCUUCUUCCUACCUUUACACAUGUCCUUCACUUCAGCCCCACGCCACCACUCACUCUGCUGUUCAGCAGAUUUAACAACACAGCUCAAGUCAUUAGUUCCAAAGGGCAAAAAUGCUCUCAGUGCACCUGCCAGUACUACACCAUCAGGCUGCUUUGAUUUAAGACUUGAAAGCAACAACCCCUAUCAUUACAAUUACAGGGAACUCUUUAUCUUCAGUGCCCCCCCCCCCCCCCCCUUUUUUUGGUUAAUUACAUGAUGACAAGCUUAGAGUACCCAGAUUUUCUCCAUUGCCAUCCUGCUGCCCUCUCUCACUCCUUCUGCUUUGCUGCCUUUAAACACUGUGCUUCAUUCUGAUCUAGUUUCUCAGUCAGUGCCCCUUCACACAGGAAGAAAGGCUGGGUCCUUCUGUCUCUCACCAAAGGGGAAUCUUUAAACAGACAUUGCUGUUCUGGCAUGCUUUUUUUUUUUUUUUUUAGAGUUAUGGAGGGAUUAUGCUGGCUCGGUCUUGAACAAAACACAAUGGAUUUGAUAUGAAGUUAGUGAUAUUUGCUAUGCUGAAAAUAAGAUGGCUUCCAACCUAGAGAUAUUUUUCAUUAAUUUGUCAAAUGAAUCGCCAUUUUUUCACAUCACUUUGAAAGCGCCCGUUUUGGAUGACGCUGCAGGUUUGUGUUUUCCACCCACAAAUAAAAAGGCCUUACUUCCUCCUAACUAGGCCAAUAUACUCGUUAAUUGUGAAUUUGUGGGGUAUUAAAGUUGCAGAGAAAGUUCUCUGCUUGUCGGUUAGAAGCCCUCUUAUUUGUUGCCUCAGGGGGGAGGAGUGGGGAGGAGCACCAGGGUUCCAGCACCCCUCCAUGUCAGCUCUGUCGCUCCGACCCCCCGCGCGCUUGCUCAGGGCCCGUGGAGUGUGCGCGCUCAGAGCUGCUUGCCUGACCCUCCAGCUAAGCUUACUGAUACCAUUAAGGGCUCCACAGUGUUUUCGUAAACAACUAGGCCAUUGUAUGUACUCCAUUUUAAGAUUUAAAUAUCCCUUUUCCCUCUUUUUUUCCCCCCAACCUAGAUUGGCUCAGUAGCACUUGGGAGGUUUAGGUGGUAUUAAGUGUUGUUGACACUGUGACGUUAGCCCUGGGCUGUGCCAGGCAGGCAGCUUUUUAUCUGCACUCCACUGCACGCGUCAGAUGCGAUGAUAGAGAGAAAGAAUUACACGCGCAGCACAAGCAUUGACCUCUUUAUUUCAGAGCUGUGGAUGCUUCUAGAUACAAAUCAUUAAACCACAGACUUUUUUCUUUACCCAUUGGGCAGGAUUCAAGAAGGCAGGACAGGAUAAAGCAAGCAAUGUAUUAAACCAUGUAAGAUUAAAAAAGUAAGGAAAAUGAUGGAAGGAAUGAUUUUCUCACUUUUGUGUUUCCAUUAAUGCUAUGAUUAAUAUUAUUCCUAAGGACAUGUUUUCAGUUCAUUUGGGGAAGAUCAAGCCAGUUAGCCUCCCUCCUUUUACUUCCCUUUAAACAGGAUGAAUAAACAUUUUGAUUGAAAUGUAACACAAAGCCUUUCUUCUCUCCCAUCCCUUGAUAAGCAUUUUCUUAUCACUUUAAAAGUUGAAUUGCUGUUAAUUGCAUGAUUGAAAAUUGAGUAGAAUAUUUUAUUACUUUUAUUUUUAUACUUUUGUUUCUGUGAAUAUUUUUUUUAUAUCCAUAUAAAACGAAUGUAUUGAUUGUCAACUUUUACUAACGCUCUUGUUUUCUUAUUUUGUCUCUUUUGGUUUCUUCCACCACUGAUAUUGUUAUUUAGAAGGUUUCAGGUGGGUGACACUAUUCCUGCGUAGGUGCGGUCCGGCGGAAAGGAACACUAGGGCAGCAUCAGUCCUCUCCUCUUCUUCCAGCUGCGGCCGCUACCCCCAGACAAAGUCCAAAAAUAUGGCUUGCUACCUGAAGGCAAUUGAGACUCAGCCAAACUUUGCUGUGGCAUGGAGCAACCUGGGCUGCGUGUUCAAUGCUCAGGGAGAGAUCUGGCUGGCCAUUCAUCAUUUUGAGAAGGCAGUAACAUUGGAUCCAAAUUUUUUGGACGCCUACAUAAACUUGGGCAACGUGCUUAAAGAAGCCCGCAUUUUUGACAGAGCUGUUGCUGGUUAUCUACGAGCCCUCAGUCUGAGCCCCAACCAUGCUGUAGUCCAUGGCAACUUGGCUUGCGUUUACUAUGAGCAGGGUCUGAUAGAUCUGGCCAUUGACACCUAUCGACGUGCUAUUGAGCUGCAGCCUCACUUCCCUGACGCCUACUGCAAUCUUGCCAAUGCUCUUAAGGAAAAGGGCAAUGUGUCAGAGGCUGAGGAGUGCUACAACACAGCACUGCGUCUUUGCCCCACACAUGCUGACUCGCUCAAUAACCUGGCCAACAUCAAACGGGAGCAAGGCAACAUUGAAGAGGCCGUCCAGCUCUACAGGAAGGCUCUUGAGGUGUUCCCAGAGUUUGCUGCAGCCCACUCCAACCUUGCCAGCGUCCUUCAGCAGCAGGGCAAGCUACAGGAAGCCCUCAUGCAUUACAAAGAAGCUAUCAGGAUCAGCCCCACCUUUGCCGAUGCUUACUCCAACAUGGGAAACACGCUAAAGGAGAUGCAGGAUGUGCAGGGGGCGCUGCAGUGCUACACACGUGCUAUUCAGAUCAACCCUGCGUUUGCAGACGCUCACAGCAACCUAGCCUCAAUACACAAGGACUCUGGGAAUAUUCCAGAAGCUAUUGCAUCUUACCGCACUGCUCUAAAGCUCAAACCUGACUUCCCAGAUGCUUACUGCAAUCUUGCUCACUGUCUACAGAUUGUGUGUGACUGGACCGAUUAUGAUGAGCGCAUGAAGAAGUUGGUUAGCAUUGUGGCUGACCAGUUGGAAAAGAACCGUCUGCCCUCAGUUCACCCUCAUCACAGCAUGUUGUAUCCUCUUUCCCAUGGCUUCCGCAAAGCCAUCGCUGAGAGACAUGGCAACCUCUGCUUGGAUAAGAUCAAUGCUCUUCAUAAACCUGCUUAUGAGCAUCCUAAGGACCUGAAAGCAAGUGGAGGGCGUUUGCGUAUUGGCUACGUCAGCUCAGACUUUGGCAACCACCCCACCUCCCACCUCAUGCAGUCCAUUCCUGGCAUGCAUAACUCUGAGAAGUUUGAGGUGUUCUGCUAUGCCCUUAGUCCCGAUGACAGCACUAACUUCAGAGUCAAAGUGAUGGCUGAGGCUCAUCACUUUACUGAUCUUUCCCAGAUUCCCUGCAAUGGCAAAGCUGCAGACAGGAUCCACCAAGACGGAGUUCACAUCCUAGUCAACAUGAAUGGCUAUACCAAGGGUGCCCGUAAUGAGCUGUUUGCCUUGCGCCCAGCUCCCAUUCAGGCGAUGUGGCUUGGCUACCCGGGCACCAGUGGAGCUCCCUUCAUGGACUACAUCAUUACUGAUAAGGAGACAUCUCCAUUUGAGCUGGCUGAGCAGUAUUCUGAGAAGAUGGCCUACAUGCCUAAUACAUUCUUUAUUGGGGAUCAUGCUAACAUGUUCCCACACCUUAAGAAAAAGGCUGUGAUUGAUUUUAAGUCCAAUGGACACAUUUUUGACAAUCGCAUAGUUCUGAAUGGAAUUGAUCUCAAAGCCUUUUUAGACAGCCUACCGGACGUCAAGGUCAUCAAAAUGGAGUGUGACAGCCAGGAGUCCACAGAUAGUAAUGGCGCCCUCUCCAUGCCAGUCAUCCCUAUGAACACAGCCGCUGAGGCCAUUAUAAACAUGAUCAACCAAGGCCAGAUCCAAGUCACCAUCAAUAGUUUCACAGUCAGCAAUGGCCUGGCUACCACUCAGAUCAAUAACAAGGCUGCCACAGGAGAAGAGGUUCCUAGAACAAUUGUCGUGACCACUCGCUCUCAGUAUGGUCUGCCUGAGGACUCCAUUGUCUACUGCAACUUCAAUCAACUCUACAAGAUUGACCCCCCAACUCUGCAGAUGUGGGCUAAUAUUCUGAAACGUGUGCCGAACAGCGUUCUCUGGCUGUUGCGCUUCCCAGCUGUGGGUGAGCCCAAUAUCCAGCAGUAUGCCCAGAAUAUGGGCCUGCCUGCCAACCGCAUCAUCUUCUCCCCUGUUGCCCCUAAAGAGGAGCAUGUGAGGCGUGGCCAGUUGGCUGAUGUAUGCCUUGACACGCCUCUCUGCAAUGGCCACACCACUGGCAUGGACGUGCUCUGGGCUGGCACCCCAAUGGUCACAAUGCCAGGUCUCUCUUUGAUGCAUUUAGGUGAGACACUUGCCUCCCGUGUGGCUGCCUCUCAGCUGACUUGCCUUGGCUGCCCUGAGCUCAUUGCACAGAGUCGCCAGGAUUACGAAGAUGUAGCCGUCAAGCUCGGCACAGACAUGGAGUACUUGAAGAAGAUCCGAUCCCGUGUGUGGAAGCAGCGUAUCUGCAGCCCGCUCUUCAACACUAAGCAGUACACCAUGGACUUAGAGCGCCUCUACCUCCAGAUGUGGGAGCACCACGCAGGCGGUGCCAAACCCGAACACCUGUUGAAGAUGCAGCUGCUUGACAGCAGUGAAAGCGCCUGAUCUGCCCCCUUUCCCCUCCAAGAGUUACCCAACACCCACGCAUCACCAUGAACUGACCCUUCAGCCACAGAUUUAGUUUCUAUGAGCCAGCGAGGAGAGCUUGAUGAUUGAACCUCCUUCACUGAGACUCCUUUCCCCCAGAAAUCCCGUUCACACUGGCUUCACUUCCGCUGCUUCUCUGUUCUGCUUGUGUGUGGACUUUUGAAAACAGAGCAGUCUUGUCAAAUUGUGACCUUCAUGUCUAUAGAUGAAGGUUUUUUUUUUUCUUUCUUUUUUAAAUCUUAAGAGUCAGAGGGACAGUGUUGUACUUCAACUGGUAUAUUGCUAAAAUGAAUGAUUGGCUUUAACAUGCUAACGUGAAUGUUUGCCCUUUAGUUAGCAGAUGUUUCUUUAUGUAUGUAUUCUUCUGUACUUCUGUUCAUCAUGACCUGGAAUAGAUGUGUGAAUUGUAAUAAUUCUCCAAUGCUUUAUUUUCUUCAUGUUAGUAAUGCUAAAUACUUUCAGUUGUAUUGUUUCAUGAAAAAUGCCCUUCUGUGGAGAAGUUAGAAUGAAGACCUCCUCACCACAAAUCUGAUAAUAGCCUGCAGACUACCCUAGUAUUCAUCCUAACUGCUAAUUUGUUUUAUUUUUACCAGAAGGUUCGAGGUAAGUAUUUUCUAAGUUCAUCAUUUUGUACACUGUCUUCUUUUUGAUCAUUUUAUUUAUGCUCUGUCAAUGAAAUUGCAAGGCUCUUACAUAAACCGAAAUAAAGAAAUGUGGCAAACCCUUA